AUGUCCGAGGAGCGCGGGGGCGGGGCGGCCCAUCGCGCGCUCGAGCACUUCGAGGGAGAGCUGAUGUUCGAGGGCGAGUGGAUUCCGCCCACCCCUUUCAACGGCAUCGCAUUCCUCGCCGCGGGAGCGGUGCUGAGGCACCUGCACAGGCGCACGCAGGCGCGAGAGAACGGAGAGCCGAACCCGACACGGCGCGGGCGGCGCAGGCACGGCAACGAACGGGGCCAUCGAUGGGGCCGUCGCCGAACAUCACGCGACGACGACGACGACACAGCUGGCGGCGCGGGGAACGAUCUCCGAGCGGAUCCGAGCGGCGCCGUCGAAGCAGCCUCCGCGUCCGCGGCCGGCGGGACGGCAGUGCGCGGUUUCAGCGGCGGCGAUGGACGUCGUCGGACAGACCCGGAGACAGAUCCGGUGACGCGUCUGGCGGCGGAGUCGCGCGAGGCGCACCUGAGGCGAGUCGCCGCGGCGCUGGCGGCGCGGCACGGACCGAAUCCCUCCAUUGAAGUCCAUCCCGACGGAGCUCCUCCUCCUCCCUCGCCCUCGGUGGGUGAGAUCCUUCCAGAAGGUCUUCCAGAAACGGAUCAGAUCCUUCCAGAACUUCCCUCUGUUCCCGGGACGGUCUCCCCGGCGACGUCCACGCUUCUCGCCGCCGAGUCUCUUCCGGAGACGGCGCGGUCGCAGAUCGCGUUCUUCCGUCGGCUCAGCCAGGACGGCGGGAGGAGGACCGAGAGGGACGGCGAGGGCGCCGUGGAGGAGGGCGCUUUGGAGGAGGGCGCCGAAGAGGAGGGCGCGGCGGAUGAGGGCGCUGUGGAGGAGGGAGCUGCGGAGGAGGGCGCGGGUGCGCCGCCGAUGAAUGACCUCGUAGGAGCCGACGACCCGGAGCAGAGGACGUGCAGGUUCUGCCUCGGGGGCGAGGAGGAGGGCGCGACCGGCGACGGCGCGCUCAUCGCGCCGUGUCGAUGCGCCGGGACCCAACGGUGGGUCCAUGCCGGGUGCCUCCGCGAGUGGCAGCGGGUCAGCGUGAGCAGCACGGGUCGCGUCGAGCGAAGGUGCCGGGUGUGCCGCCACGCGUUCCGCCUGCCCAGGCCGCCCAUCAAGGACGUCCUGACGCAGUGGUUCAACCCCACGGCGACGGACCGACUCCAGUGUUACCGCCGCGCGUGGUGGCAGAUGCUGAGCAACUCCAUCAUGGCGCAGGAAGGGGUGGAGCACAUCGGCACCGCGAAUCAGCUCGUCCGACUCUUCCUCGCCACCGAGCUGAGAGUGUGGGGCGGGAGGGAGGUGCGCGGGGGGAACGGAGCGCUUCGCGCGUUGGCGAGAGCCGCGAGGCUGUGCACCAACGCGCACAGCGUCGUUCUGCUGACGUGGCUGGCUUCCAUUGGCGCGGCGCACGUCGGCGAACGCAUCGCGCGACGCGACGAGCGCCGGAUGAAUAAUCUCACCGUCGUCACUCGGCUCGCGAACACGAACGGCGUCGUCACCGACGGCGGUCCCUCGCCCGUUCCGGCGGACGCCGGCGGCGCGCGGGUGGGGAAGCUGGCGGGCGUCCUCGACCGUCUCAGGCGCGCCGUCGGCGGUCCGCUGGGUUGGAUCGUUCGCCUCGCGGUGCCGGGCACGACGAGGGCGAUGCGGCUGGCGGAUCCCGUCCAGGCGGCCAUCUCCUUCUUCGAGAGGUACCCGCAGUACAGGGUGAUGUGAGGCGACGACGGAUGGGGCGACGAUGGAGAUGGCGAACACAUCCGCACGGACGACGCGAAAGACGCGAGGGACGUCACGAGACUCGAACACCUCGCGAGCUAACAACCGUGAUGACCCGCGCGACAGUAGCACUACGACUUCGAAGGUACCUAACUUUACAGCCGACGACGAC